CUGGGCCACUGCUUCCUUCUCUCUUGCUUGCUCUCUGUCUUUUGUGAGUUAUAGCAACUGUUGCCUUGUGAAUCAAGCGCCAUAGUCACCGUAGUCCUGGUGACUGUUACUCAUCAACAACAUCUGCUCUUCCACCGCUUUCUAUUUGCUUCCUAAUCAUCACCUACAGCAGCCACCACCAGCAAGAACAACAACACAGCUUUCCACGAUUCAGAGACCACGAUGCAGACACCAGAGUCUGGGUCAGACACAGGUUCAACUGUGACUUUACAAGCAUCUGUGGCUGGCCAGGCAGCAGUGCCCACACAGGUUGUACAGCAGGUACCGGUUCAGCAACAGGUACAGCAAGUACAGACUGUGCAACAGGUCCAACAUGUCUACCCAGCCCAGGUUCAGUAUGUGGAGGGAAGUGACACAGUCUACACAAAUGGAACAAUUCGAACAACUUAUCCUUACACGGAAACCCAGAUGUAUAGCCAAAACACUGGGGGAAAUUACUUCGAAGGAAGUUCUGCACAGGCAACUACAGUGGUCUCCUCUCAUAGUAUGGUGGGCACCGGAGGGAUUCAGAUGGGUGUUGCAGGAGGACAGCUCAUUAGCAACUCAGGAGGGACCUAUCUGAUUGGCAAUUCAGUGGAAAAUUCUGGUCAUUCAGUGACUCAUACAACACGGGCCUCCCCAGCUACAAUUGAGAUGGCGAUUGAGACACUUCAAAAGUCUGAUGGUCUUUCUACUCACAGAAGCUCUCUUCUCAACAGCCAUCUCCAAUGGCUUUUAGACAACUAUGAAACUGCAGAAGGAGUGAGUCUCCCCAGAAGUACCCUUUACAACCAUUACUUACGUCAUUGUCAGGAGCACAAGUUAGAUCCAGUCAAUGCUGCCUCCUUUGGAAAACUCAUACGGUCAAUCUUCAUGGGAUUACGGACCAGAAGACUGGGAACCAGGGGGAACUCUAAAUACCAUUAUUAUGGGAUUCGUGUCAAACCAGAUUCUCCCCUUAAUCAGCUACAAGAGGACAUGCAAUAUAUGGCUAUGAGACAGCAACCCAUUCAGCAGAAACAGAGGUACAAGCCUGUGCAGAAAGUGGAUGGAGUUCCAGAUAGUUUCACAGGAAGUGGUCAACAGACAGGCACAUCUGCUGAACAAACUAUAAUUGCCCAAAGUCAACAUCAUCAACAGUUUUUAGAUGCAUCUCGAGUACUUCCAGAGUUUGGAGAAGUUGAAAUAUCUUCUCUGCCAGAUGGUACUACACUUGAGGACAUAAAAUCACUGCAAAGUCUUUAUCGAGAACACUGUGAGGCAAUAGUGGAUGUUAUUGUGAAUCUUCAGUUUAGCCUGAUAGAAAAAUUGUGGCAAACUUUCUGGCGCUAUUCUCCCUCUGCUCCAGCUGAUGAUGCGGCUAUUAUUGAACUGAGCAAUCUGAGUGAAAUAGAAAGUCGACUUCCAAAAGGAAAACUAAUUACUCUGUGCAAAAAUGAGUCUAUUCUGAAAUGGAUGGGUAACUGUGACCAUGUGAUGUACCAGGCUUUGGUGGAGAUUCUCAUUCCUGACGUCCUUAGACCUAUUCCUAGAACCAACAGGGAGACACCUGUGAAAUGCCACAAAGGAAUUGUGUUCCUCUAAAAUGGCGACAAGGUUGAUAGGUCCAUUGAAGUGCCUCUAUAGCAAUGCAUGCAGGAUGGAUAACGACAGGAAAAGAUGGAAGCCUCUGUGCACCUGGAAAGCUAUGAUUUAAUACCAUCACUGAAACAGUGGGACAAAUCGCACAACUGAAAUGCUGCAAUCAAUGGCUAUAAACUGUUCAGAAAGCACAGGCAAGGAAGAAGGGGUGGAGGGGUUGCCCUCUGUGUAAAAAAAAAAAAAAAAGCCUGGAGAGAGCUGUAUUUGAAAACAAGUGCUGAAUGGGUUGAGACCUUUUGGGUAAAAAUAAGAGAAAAGCCAACAAAGGAAACCUCAUGGUUGGUGUUUGCUACAGGCUGACCAAUCAAGGGGAGCCUUUUGAUGAAGUGUUCUUACUUCAGCUACAGGAAGCAUCACACUCACAGGCUCUGAUCCUUCUGGGGGACCACCCUGACACUGGCAAUCUCUCCUCCCACAUUUUUCAAGACCCUGAAAUUCAAGGUAGGGACUGGGACAAAGAAGUCCUUCCCAUCAUGGGAGAAGAUCAGGUUUGUGACCACCUGAGGAACCUGAGCAUACACCAGUCCAUGGGAUGACAGGAGGAGCUGGAAGUCAUUUUGCAGCAGGAAAACUAUGACAUAGUUGCCAUCACAGAAACAUGGUGGGAUGACUCACAUGACUGGAGUGCUGCAGUGGAUGGCUAUAAACUCUUCAGAAGGGAAAGGCGAGGAGGGAGAGAUGGUAGGGUAGCCCUGUAUGUUAGGGACUGACUCAACUGUCUGGAGCUUAAUGAUGGUGUCUAUAGGGUUGAGUGUUUACUCAAGAAUCAGGGGCAAGGCCAACAGGACAGAUAUGGUGGGAGUCUGUAAUAGACCACUCAACCAGGAUGAAGAGGCAGAUGAAAUAUUCUAUAAACAGCUGGGAGAAGUCUUAAUAAUCACUGGCCCUUGUUCUUGUGGGAGACCAACUUAUCAGAUGUCUGCUGAAAAUACCACACAGCAGAGAGGAAACAGUCUAGGAGGUUCCUGGAGUGUGUGCAUGAGAACUUCCUGACACAGAUGGUGAGCCAACUCAGGAAGGUGCCCUGCUGGACCUGUUGUAUGUGAACAGUAAUGAACUGCUGGGUGAUGUCUUAGGCAAAGCGAUCAUGUAAUGACAGUUUUUGAUUCUCAGACAAGUAAGGAGGGGUGACAACAGAACUGCUACCUUAGACUUGCAGAGAGAAGACUGGCCUGUUUAGGAGACUGUUUGAGAGAGUCCUUUGGGAGGCAGUUCUGAAGGGCUAAGAAGUCCAGGAAGACUGGAUAUUCUUCAAGAACAAAAUUCUAAAGGUGCAGGAGCAGGCUGUUCCCACGUGUUGAAAGAUGAACCUGUGGGGAAGAUGACUGGCCUGGCUGAAUAGAGAACUUUGGCUGGAACUUGGGGGAAAAAAAGGAGAGUUUAUGACCUUUGGAAGGAGGGACAGGAAACUCAGGAGGACUACAAAGAUGUCAUGAGUUUAUGCGGGGAGAAUAUGAGCCAGCAGUGUGCCCAGGUGACCAAGAAGGCCAAAGACAUCCUAGCUUGUGUCAGAAAUAGUGUGGCCAGUAGGACCAGGGAAGUGAUUGUUCCCCUGUAUUUGGCACUGGUGAGGCUGCACCUCAUAUUGUGUUCACUUCUGGGCCCCUCACUUCAAGGAAGAUAUUGAGGUGCUGGAGCAUGUCCAAAAACAGGCAACAAAGCUGGUGAAGGGUCUGGAGCACAAGUCUUAUGAGGAGCGGCUGAGGGAGCUGGAGUGUGGGGAAAAGGAGGCUCAGGGGAGACCUUAUGUCUCUUUACAACUACCUGAAAGGAGCUUGCAGCAAGGUGGGGGUCUCUACUCCCUAGUAACAAGUGAUAGGACAAGAGGAAAUGGCCUCAUGAUGCACCAGGAGAGGUUUAGAGUAGAUAUUAGGAAAAAUUUCUUCACUGAAAGGGUUGUCAAGCAUUAGAGUCACCAUCCCUGGAGGUAUUUAAAAGACCUAGCUGUGGCACUCAGGAACAUGGUUCAGUGGUGGACGGCAGUGUUAGGUUAAUGGUUGGACUCAAUGAUCUUAGAGGUCUCUUGCAACCUAAAUAGUUCUAUGAUUCCGUGACCCAACAAGAUGCAUAUCAGGGUCCUGAAGAAACUGAUGUAGUUUACAAGCCAUUCUCCAUUACAUUUAAGAAGUCAUGGCAGUCAGACUGCAUCACCAGUGACUGGAAAAAGGGAAACAUUGCACCCAUUUUAAAAAAGUGUAAAAACAAGGAUUCUGGGAACUACCGACCAGUUGGCCUCACCUGUUACCUGUAAGAUGAUGGAGCAUGUAAAGGAAACUUCCCAGUCUUUACCAUUCAGGAGAGUCUCUGGCAGUCGCACUCCAAAUGUCAGACUUUAACUGCUGGGACCAAAGCCUCUUCACAGCGGUGGCUCCAGUGAGCUGAAGGGAGCCCCUGCACACCCUACUCAUAUGCAGUCAGACCAGGUUUCCUUACCAGUUCGACCCCAGGUUUCCCACAGCAAUCUCAGAUGUCUCAUUCCAUAAAGCAAUUUAUUCACUGCACAGCAGCACAGAAACAGCCUGAGCUGGUGUCUCCAAGGAGUCUCAUGUAUAGUCAGACUGGAUAGUUUCCUUAACAGAGCAGAUCGUCCUGGAAGCUACAUCGAUGACAAGAGGGACAUUAGACACAGAUAACAUGGCUUCACCAAGGACAAAUUGUGUCUGACUAAUCUAGUGGCCUUGUACGAUGGAGUGACUGCAUCAGUGGAAAAUGGGAGAGCUUACAGAUGUCAUCUACCUGGAUUUAUGUAAGGCCUUUGAUACAGUCCCCCAAAAUAUUCUGGCCACUUAGAUGGUGUUGUGGUUUAACCCCAGCUGGCAAAUAAGUACCACACAGAUGCUCCCUCCCCCACUAGCUGCAUGGGAAAUCAGAAAAAAAGUAGAACUUGUGGGUUGAGAUAAGAACAGUUUAAAAAUUGAAACAAAUUAAAAUAUAAUAAUACUAAUAUUGUUAACAAUUAUAAUAACAAUAAUAAUAAUUGUAAUGAAAAGGAGAGAGGGAAAAAAUAAAACUCAAGAAAUACAAGUGAUGCACAAUAUAAUUGCUCUCCACCUGCUGACCGAUACCCAGCCUGUCCCUGAGCAGCAAUUGAUUACUUCCAGCUAACUCCCCCCAGUUUAUAUCCUGGGCAUGACCUCCUAUGGAGUGGAAUAUCCAUUUGGCCAGUUCAGGUCUCCUGUCCCAGUCAUGCUCCCUCCCAGCUUUUUGUGCACCUCACUGGCAGAGCAUGAGAUACUGAAAAGUCCUUGACUUAGGGUAAGCUCUACUUGGAAAAAACCAAAACAUCUGUGUGUUAUAUUAUUACAGAUUCACAGAAUCAUUUAGGUUGGAAAAGACCUCUAAGAUUGAGUCCACCAUUUAACUAAUCACCACCUUGUCAACUAUACCAUAACACUGUCACACCCAGUUUUUUUUUACACCUUCAGGGAUGGUGACUCCAUCACCUCCCUGGGCAGUCUAUUCCAAUGUUUACCUACCCUUUCUGUGAAGAAAUUCCUCCUGAUGUCCAGCCUAAACCUCCCCUGGUGCAGCUUGAGGCUAUGUCCUCUCAUCCUGUCGCUAGUUGCCUUGGAGAAAAGGCCAAGCUCCACCUCACCACAACCUCCUUUCAGGUAGUUGUAGAGAGUGAUAAGAUCACCCCUGAGCCUCCUUUUCUCCAAGCUAAGCAACCCCAGCUCCCUCAGCCACUCCUCAUAUGACUUACUCUCUAGAUCCUUCACCUGCUUCCUUGUCCUUCUAUGGAGUUGCUCCAGAACCUCAAUGUCCUUCCUGUAGUGAGGUGUCCAGAACUGGACAUGGUACUCGAGGUAUGGCCUCACCAGUGCCCAGUAGAGAGGGACAAUUACUUCCCUGGUCCUGCUGGCCACACUGUUUCUGAUACAUGGCCUUCUUGGCCAUCUGGGCACACUGAUGUCUUAUGUUCAGCUGGCUGUUGACCAACACCUCCAGGUCAUUUUCCACUGGGCAGCUUUCCACCUGCUUUUCCCCAAGCCUGUAGUGCUGAAUGGGGCUGUUGUGACCCAGGUGCAGGACCUGGCACUUGGCCUUCACAAACCUCAUCCAAUUCACCUCAGUCCAUCAAUUUAGCCUGUCCAGACCCCUCUUUGUAGGGGUGAUCUGCUCCAAAACAUUCCACCUUGGGUGGAUCCCAUCAAGUCCCAUAGACUUGUGUAUGUCUAACUGAUGUAGCAGGUAGUGCUAUAUUUGCUAGGUGGAAUGAGUCCCACAACUGGAAUGCUGGGAUGUAGGGCUACAGGCUGUUUAGGAGGGAUAGGCAGGGCAGGCGAGAUGGACAUGUGGCACUAUAUGUAAGGAAGAGGUUUGAUCGUACAGCCCUUACAGUUGGCAGUGAUGUCGUGGAGAGCCUCUGAGUGAGGCUUAAGGGGAUGGAAAACAAAGGAGAUAUUAUAAUGAGUGUUUAUUACUGAUCACCCAGCCAGGAUGUAAGCAGUGAUGAGUUCUUCUGUAAGCAAUUAGGAGAAAUCUCUAGAUCAGUAGCCCACAUCCUUAUGAGAGAUUCCAACUUCCUGGACAUCAACUGGGAAUAUCAUCCUGCUGUGAUGAGCAGGCCUUGGGAAGUCUUGAAGUUUGUGGGAGGUAACUUGUCACAAGUACUCUGUGAGCCAACUAGGAAAGACGCCCUCCUAGACUUGUUGUUUUUGACUAGAGAAGGACUCUUGGGAGAUGUGAUGGUUGGUGGCUGUCUUGCCCACAGCGAUCAACAGUUGGACUCAAUGAUCUUAAUGAUUCUAUGAUCAUGGAAUGUUUGAGUUUAAAAUUUUCAGUGUAGUGAGAAAAAAACAUCAGCAGAGUUGCUACACUGGACUUUAAGAAAGCAAACGAAGCUGUUAAGGGAGAAAUAUAGCAGAGUACCCUUGGAAUCUGCUUUGAGAGCUUAGGGACCCACAAGUUCUGGUCAGUUUUAAAAGGUAUUUAAAAGACAUACAGAUGUAGUGCUUAGGGACAUGGUUAUUUGCUUUCUUCUAGUCCUCAUGAACUUUCCCUGAUCACCAUGACCAUUCAAAGAUAAUUGAGAUUGGCCUCACAGUGAAAUCAGCCAGCUCCCUCAGCACUCAUGGGUGCAUCCGAUCAGGGCUAUGGAUUUAUGCCUCUCCAAUUUUUUUAAUGCUUUCCUAACUGGGUCAUCCUCUAUUGAGGAGAAUUUUUCUUUGCUGCAGACUUUUCCUCUGGUCUCAGAGGCUUCAGAUUCCUGAAGGUAAUCCUUAUCAGUAAAGACUCAAGUGUAGAAGGCAUCCUGUAUCUCAGCCUUUGUCAUUAGGUUCCCUGCCCCCAUUCAGCACCAAACCCAUGUUUUCUCUGGUCUUCAUUUUUUCUGCUGAUGUACCUGUAGAAACCCUUAAUGUUGCUCUUCAGUUCCAACUCCAGUUUGGUUUUCCUAACCCUAUUUCUGCAUACUUGGCCAGUGUCUCUGCGUUCCUUCUGGGUCACUUUCCCCUUUUUGCAGCUCCUGUGUGCUUCCUUUUCAUGUUUGAGUUUAGUCGUGAGCUCCUUGUUUAUCCACGCAGACCUGUCACCUUUGCUUGAUUUCCUGCUCAUUGUGAUGGACUAUUCUUGAGCUUGGAGGAGGUGAUCUUGAAUAUCAAACAGGUCUCCUAGAUCCAGAGUGCUCUCCAGGACUGUCUCCCAUGGGAUUCUUCCAAGCAGUUCUCUGCACAGGCCAAAGUCUGCUCUCCUGAAAUUUGGAGUUGUUAUCCUGCCAUUUGCCUUUUUCCAUCCUCUCAGUAUAUUCAACUCCACCAUCUCAUGGUUAAUACAGCUCAGACUCCCCCCAAGCUUCAUAUCACCAACAGUUUGUAAGAAUUGUAAGAAAAGUUUCCUUGUUUGUAAGAAUUUGGUCCAGCAAUUUCUCCUUUUCAGCUCUGUUUUGCCAAUUACAAGCUCUCUCUUUUCCAUAACACUCUGCUUACCAACUCAUUCCAGUACUCCUUCACUUGACUGUGGGUCAUCAUCUCCAUCCCCCAUUAUUUCUAGUUUAAAGUUCUCACCAGGUUGGCCAGCCUGUUGGUAAAGAUGGUUUUGCCCCACUUGGUCAGGUGGAUCCCAUCUCUAACAGACUUCAAUCUUUAAAGAAGGGUCCCCAUAGUCAUAAAAUACAAAUGCCGAUUGUCAUUGCCAGCUGGGCAACCAACUGUUGACCCACAGGAUACUUCCAUUCCCCCUCAAGCUCUUGCUUUUCACUGGAAAGACCAAUGAGAAAACUACCUGGGCCCCCAUACCCUUGACCAUUGCCCCUAGAUGCAUGUAGUCACACUUAUAUGCUCCAGGUCUCCGCUGGCGGUAUUGGUGCCCAUGUAAAGAUUUGCAAGGAGUAAUAAUACGAGGGUUGGACAAACCUUGUCAGCAUCGCCACAGCAUCCCAGAUCCAACCCCCAGCAAGCAGUAAAUCUUCCAACACAGCAAGUCAGGUUGGCAGAUGUGGGCCCCAAUCCCCAUAGCAUGGAGUCUCCCAUUAUUAUCAGUUAUCACUUCCUUCUAGUGCUGCUGCAUGGCUCAGGCUUAACUAGCUCUUGGACAGAGUUCCCAGACCCUCAUCUGCUGUGAGGGUACUGCAUCUGUUCUUUGUUGGAGAUAUGCAGGUGAAGCAGGAGCCUUCUUUCUAUUUCCAGAAGUCACAGGCUUCCAGCCUUUGCCAUUUCCUAAUCCAAUUAGCACAGACCACCUGAUUCUCCUUAAAUACAGCUGAGACUUCAGGCUGCAGGGUCUUGAAAAAGAUCCAGUAGAUCUCUUUCUCACCUUCUCUGAUACUGCACAGUCUGCUGACCUCUUCCUGCACUUCCUUGGCAACACAGGUCCUGUUCCACUGCACACCUUCUGCAGGCAAGGAAACUGUCCCCCUCUGCUUCAGCCUCAGCAAGAGACCCCAAGCACUUGCUGUACUCUGAACUGCAUCUUCCCUCAGAAGUUUUGUCUGGAUUGAGGCCUCUGACUUUAUAGGGAUAGUUGCUCUGAUGGCUGGAGGUGGCACUCUGUGACACAUUAACACCAUUGCUGAGGACAUGAAUGCUGUUCUCUCUUCUGACACAAGUACUGCAUCUGUUGUCUGCCUCUGUUAACUAUGCUGUAAGAAGCAACUCAGGAAAAUAUUUGCAAGUACUGCUUUGUAGAAAUACCCCAUCAUAGGUAGGUUUCUUUUUUUCUGGAUAAUCAGAAAGGUACUGUCAUGGUUUGACCCUGGCACAAUGCCAGGGCCCCCAUGAAUGGUAUAUUUCCAAAAUGGUUGCUGUGAGAUGUGACCCGGGAACAGAACAAAGCAGGCUCCCAUUCGGGGAUGGAGGGAAAAACACAACAAUUUAUUUAUUACAAAUCUAGAAAGGAACACAUACCAAACUAAGAAUGAAAACCUUCCAGAUACCUUCCUCCUCCCCCUCCCUUUUCUCCAGAGAUCCACCACCCCUCAAAUUAUCAACCCUCAAAUCCAUCAGGGAGAGAGGAGUCCCCCCUUGCCUCAUGGGCCUCCCCCGGAAGCACAAUUGAAACCUCCUGUGCUUCCGUGUCAUCCAUGGCCCCACCCAAAGAACAUCGGCCCUCGUGACUUCUCCCCCCCAUGUCCAGUGCUCUCACCACUGGACACGGGCCAGGACUGCUUUUAGGGCUCCCCGUUUAAAGAUGCUCCACCCACUUCCAGAAACAGCAGUCUCUCAACUCUUGGGACACCAGUCCCCCCCAAAUUUCACCCCCUGGGGCCGAGGGGCCUCAUGAACAGAGAUCUUCCUCUCCGUGGAGACAGAGGGCAUCUCACACCCCCUUCAGCCGUCUCUGUUCACGCCGCUGCUUCACUCUUGACUCCCGGGUGUUGCCUCCCCCUAAAUACAGUCUCUGGGUCACAGGGAAAAAACACGGGUCUGUCCAUGGCUAUACAAGAAAGAGUCCAGCCCAAGGCCACUCCAUCAUCUCUUCUACUCAGGAUUCUUCUCUCCUCUUCCAGCUUUCCUCACGCUUGCCCAGUUCAUCUCUCAUCUCUCUCUCACCUCAUUCUGAUUCAGGAGGAUUCAGUAUUUGUAAGGUUUCCAUUAGUCUACAAAGGGGUUAAAUUUCACUUCUGCCUGCCCAAGGACUCCUACAGCUGCUGGGCACUUCUCUCACCGCAUCCCCCCGCUUCUGGCCGGCUGAACUGCCAGCACAAUCUCUGUCCCUCUCUCCGGGGGGGGGGCUGCCCAGACAUCUCAAGUCUCUUCCACCCCUGUAUGUUCUCCUCCACCUCUGCACCUUUUGGGGCUCCCGGCCUCCUCCCUGUCAUGGCCUCCCCCUCCCCCAUCCAGGCGCAGCUGGGCAGGGGAGAGGCUAGACCUACUCACCAAACGCCGGAUUCCCAAAGAGGAAGUUCUCUGGGAAUCUCCUGCUUUUAACCCCCGUGUGUUCUCAGAGGCGUAUCCAGAUCCUCAGUGGCCAUAUCACAUGCCAAUUUUGAAUUUGGCCACUGAUUGGCCCGACUUAGACCUUUCCAAAAACACAUUUCCGGGCCAAACCACGACAGGUACCAACAGCAGCUGGCCAAAAAAAAAAAAAAACAAAACAAAAAAAAGAAAAAAACCACCAACAAAAAAAGGGAAAAUGUGUUUAAUUUUGUAAGGAUGCAAACUGAUAAUUCUAUUUUUGAAUUUCAUCUUUUUUUCUGUUCCUGAUUUUCAGUAUUUGGGGAAACCUACUCUUUCACAUAACUGCCUAAUAAAUAUUACCAUAAAAUAAAUUAAUAGUGAAGAAAACCUUUUGAAAAGCAAGCUCUAGGUAAAAUUUGAUUAGUUGAAAUUUUUGUGAAAACAUUUCAGUGCCCACAAAAUAAAUGAAAAAAUACUGUGUAGGAAAAAGCCACAUUUGUUUGUUUAAAAAGAGGCCAAACACUUUAUACUUCAGUCAGGAGUAAAAUUUAUUAUCUUAUGAUUCUAGCAAAAGAUCAGAGCCACUGUGUAUUAAUGACAAUCAAUCCUUUUCCCUGAGAAUUACCUUUUUAUCUCUUCACAAGUGACAGGAUAGAUAGCACCAAACUUGUUUGGGAGUUCCACUUCCAGACAGAGAAGUUAUGUUCAAGAUAUUUUUCAUGUUGUAUCUGUCAAUUUCAGCAAUUACAAAUACCAGAAAGACUGCAAAAUCUUGGUUUUUUAUGUAGAAGAAAUAUUUCAGAUGAGAAACACAAGCUUUUUGAAGGCUUAUACAAAAAUAUGUUUUCCUUUUAACUUUUUUUGCUGUAUCAUUUAAUGUGUGUUUAGUAACACUUUGCAAACUAUCUGAAUGAGCUUUCUUUUUUAUUCUGCAGGUAAUAAAUAAACAUGAGCUAAUGCUUUGUUAAUUAGCAAGUGCAUACAAAAAUGUUAAUGUAGAAACAUGUGGGUUAAAUGAUUGACAGUGAAACAGAGUGUUUGCUCUUUGCCUGGAAACCUCAAGAAAGAAAAAAGAAAAAGCCCAUUCCACAGAGCUAAUUCAGAAGUUUUAUAAGUCCAAAUUAAAUUUCAGAUGAGCAUUCACAUUUGGGGACAGUUACAUAAACCAGUUAUCACUAUAAAUUUGAAGAAAAUAAUGCUUUAAAAUAUAAAAUAUUUUUUUCUUUUUAAAGCAAAUUGGCUAACUUUGCUAGAAGAAGUUUUUAUUUACAGGAUUCAUCAAUUACUCAAACUGAAAAAGGACAUUUCUCAUACUAGGUGACUUUCAUGAGCAAUUAAUUCUUACUCUACCAAAAGUGCUGUUUUGCCUUAUAAACAAAAUUCACUGUUUAUUUCCACUGUUUCUUCUUAGAUGUAGUAAAAACAAAAUCACUUAUAGAUAAUAUUUCCCUUUCCUGUUUUUUCUUCUUUAUUACUGUAGCAGCAUUCAUUCUCCACCACCAGAUUUUCACAUCAGUAUGAGCAAUCCUACAUUGUUUGUUUAAUACAUUCUUAUAUAUUCCUUAUCGAUACUAUCGUUGAACAUUGCACAUUUAAUUUUGUUCUUCAGAACUAAAAGAAAAACAUGUUUGCAAUGGUUCAGGGUACUUCAAGCUUACUUGAGGAAACUGAACUAGUGCAAUAAUUGCCAAUUUUCUGUGGGGUUUUGCUCUUUAAAAGCAAAAGCACCAAGGCAAAAAAUUUAUGGCAGAAAAUUCAUGAUGAAAGUUUUCAGGAGAUAGGAAAGAGUUGUUACAAUUACUGAUGUACCUGUAGGAAUGCCAAAAAUAAUUUUCACUGCUGAUCAUAAGUUUUUUGAAGGGGUCUUAGGUGAAAUGGUCAGUUCUGUUUGUUAAAUCAGAAACUAAAUAAUUGUUACAUAAUAUAGAAUCAAAGAAUAAUUCCGGUUGGAAGGUACCUCAGGAGGUCUCUAGUCCAACCUCCUGCUCAAAGCAUGGUCAAUGCUGAAUUCAGACUUGUUUGUUCAGGGCUUUACCCUGUCAGGUCUUGGGAACAUCUACGGAUGGAAGCUACACAAAGCUCUCUGGGUGACCAGUUGCACUGUUCAACUGUCUUCUUGAGUUGCUUUUGCUCUGCUUUGUUGUCCCUCUAGCAGAUAGUGACAGCUAUGCUGUUCAAGUCCCUCAGCAAAAUUGGAAUCUGUAAACAUGAAGCUUAUUCCAGGUACCUGAAGGAGACCUGUAUUGGCUUUACAUGGCAAGCUUUUGGUAGAGGUGGGGGGUGCACAGAUGUCUUCUAUAAGAAGAUACCAUAAGCUGUCUCCAUGUCAGAAAGGGACACUUUCACCUGGCUCCAAGAUGGAUCUGCUGCUGGCCAAAGUCUAAACCAGAGACAUUAGUAACAUCUCUAUGGUAACAUAUUUUAAAAAAGAGUAAAAAAUGGGUCACAGCAGCAGCCAGGAGAGAGGAGUGAGAAUAUGUGAGAUAAACAACUCUGCAGACACAAAGGUCAGUGAAGAAGGAGGGGAGAAUGUGCUCCAGCUGCUGGAGCAGAAAUUUCUCUGCAGCCCAUGGGGAAGACCAUGGUGAAGCACAUUGUCACCCUGCAGCCCAUGGAGGAUCCCACACGAGAGCAGGUGGGUGUACCCCAAAGGAAGCUGCAGCCCAUGGAGAGCCCAUGCUAGAGCAGGGUCCUGUCACGAGCAGUGGUUCCGUGGAGAGGAGCCCAUGCUAGAGCAGGUUUUCUGCUGGAACCUUGUCACGAUCUGCUAAUAUAAGUGGGGGUCGUGAUGGUUCGUUAACUGAUCUCAGAGUGCAAAAAACAACACAAGGGGAUUUCAGUAUUAAUCAAAACAAAUGCACCUUUUAUUGAGUGCCCACAGCAAAUGCGAUCAAGGAGAGAGAGAGAGAAAAAGAGAGGAAAGGGUUAUAGCAACCAUACAUAGAGACGAAAUUCUUGUGGUCCAGCCAAUAGAUCUGUCUUGUCAUGUUGGGGAGAAUCUCGAGGUCUUGGUUAACUCAGGGGUCUAUUAUAGUCCUCCAUCAAGGGGGGAACAGGUAAAAGACAAUGAAGAACAAGUCUAUUGAAAACAGGUACAGACAGUCCAUGUUCCGAAACAGGAUAAGUCAAUCUCAGCAGUGAGCGGGAGCCAUUGUUUUCUUGGUCCAACGACCACACCUGCAGGUAACACUUGGCAGACAUCCUGCUUCAGUCAGGCCAGUGCCCCUGUGUCAGAAUUAUAAGGGUCUCAGUCUCAGUCCUUGGGAGGGGGCUUCAAUCUCCGUUCAUCACGGUGGUCAUGAAACAGAUGAGGAUUUUCCAUGGGGGACCACCAAAGUUACCCCAGAAAGUUCAUUUGGCCAAGAGGUGGGGAAAUUCAUGGGCUAUUGUCGUGAAGCAGGUGCAAGCAUAUAGGGCAAGUCACUCCUUUGCCAGACCCUGCUAGAAAGCAGUAUACCAUGGUGGCACUGUAAACACAGAUGCGAACAAUCACUUGGCAAGCAUCCACCUCAACCAGGCCAGUACUCCAGUCAGGGUCUUCAGGGUCCUGGUCUCUGUCCUUGCUACAGUCGUGAGGCAAAUGAGGGAAACUUCGGACCAUCUCUUACAAACCUGUGACCUUGUGAGGAGACAAAUACUGGAACGGUCUGUUUUGGGAGGACUUUACCCCAUGGAAAAGACCUAUGCUGGAGCAGUUUGUGAAGAACUGCAGACUAUGGGAAGGAUCCAUGUUCAAGAAGGUCGCAAAGGACUGUCUCCCAUGGGUGAGACCCCAUACUGGAGCAGGAGAAGAGCGUGAGGAGGAAGGAAAGGCAGAGACAGUGUUAUGAACUGACUGCAACCCCCAUUUCUUGUUGUCCUGGGCCACUUGAGGGGAGGAGGUAGAAGAGUUGGGAGUUAAGUUGUUCCUGGAAAGAAGUGAGGGUUGGAGGAAGUUUUUUUUAGAUUUGUUCUUAUAUCUCUCUCCAACUCUGAUUGGCAAUAAAUUCAAUUAAUUUCCCCAAGUUGAGUCUGUUUUGCCUGUGAUGGCAAUUGCUGAGUGAUCUCCCUGUCCUUAUCUUGACCCAUGAGCAUUUCUUUGUAUUUUUCUCCACUGUUCUGUUGAAAAGGGAGAGUGAUAGAGCAGCUUGGUGAGCACCUGGCAGUCAGCCAAGGUUAAGCCACCACAAGACUUAAUCUACUUUUUCCUUAUGAGGUAGGCUGUAUCAGAUACCCACAACAUCACCCAUGUUAUUAUGUAAUCUAACCUGGACCCUUAAGCUCUGAACUGGCUUAUCAUCCAUCCCUCGGCAAAGCUUUAUGCAUUGCAGCUCCUCUUUCAUAUAGAGCACCUUUUUGUCUUGUUUGCCCUAAAGAUUCUGUAUUUAUCCAUUGCAGCACUCCAGAGAAUCCCAUAGUUCUAGUUGCACAAAGUCUAGUUGGAGGCCAGUAAAUAGCAGUGUAUCCCAGAGGUCAGUACUGGGUCCAACACUGUUCAAUGUCUUUGUUGGUGAUCUGGAUGAUGGGGCAGAGCAUACCCUCAGCAUGUUUGUUGAUGAUGCAAAACUGAAGAGUGGCUGAUGCAUCACAAGGUUGUGCUGCUAUCCAGAGGGACCUCAACAGGAUGGAGAAAUGGGCUGACAGGAACUUCAUACAGUUCAACGAGGGGAAGUGCCAAGUCCUGCCCCUGGGGAGGAACAAUCCCAUGUGCCAGUACAUGCCAAGGGGGCCAAUCAACUGAAAAGCAGCUUUGCAGAACAGGACCAGUGGGUCCUGGUGGACACCAAGUUGAACAUGAGCCAGCAGAGUGGCCUUGCUGCAAAGAGGGCUAGUGGUAUCCUGGGCUGUAUUACACAAAGUGUUGCCAGUAGGUCCAGGUAGGUGAUCCUUCCCCUUUAUUCAGCACCAUUUGUGUGCUGUAUACCUGUAUUCCUGUAUCUAGUUCUGGUCUCCCCAGUACAAGAGUGAGAUGAACAUACUGAAGAGAGUCCAGUGAAGGGCCAUGAAUUAGCACUGCUUAACUGUCCUCAAGGUGAAAAAAUUUCUCCUAUCAAGUCAGGAUCACUCUUUUUCAGUUUAUGCCUGGUGUUCAUCACUCCUGCCAUGCAUCAUUGUGAAGAGGCUGAGUCUGUUCUUGAUACCUUGUAGGUAUUGAAAGCCUUCUAUUAGAUCCCCCCCUAAACUUUCUCUAUUUCAGGCUGAAAAACCUAGUUCCCUCAGCCUCUCCUCAUAAGGUAUGUGCUCCAGCUCCCUGACCAUGUCAGUGGCCCUCUACUGAACAGCUUAUCAACAUACUUCUUGUAAUGAUAGGGAUCCAAACCUAACUGGAUAAGUCUCUGAGCCAAUAAAUGCAGUAGUUCUCAAUGUGGAAUAUUUAAAUACUGAAGAUGCAAAAGUUUUCAAGAGAGGCACCUUGCCAUCCUUUUCAUUUUAUUUUUAUUCUUUAAUGUUUAGGUGCCUUGACUCAGGCCAUUCGCAAUUUUGCAAAAAGCCUUGAAGGCUGGCUUUCCAGU